UCGUUUCUGAUAUGCGUUAAACCCCACCUUCAAACGGAGAUCGGAUGGUCGAAAAACGAAAAUCCCGACUCUGUAAAACACACACACAGACACAGACACAGACACAGACACAGACCCACUCGGCACUCCUAUAAUAUCUUUUGAGAUUCCAUAUCAUAUCAUACGUUUUCAAUUCAACAAAUUUCCGAAUUAGGGCAAGUGAAUUUUAUUCCUUAUCCACCAGAUUCCGAAUCACUCAAUUCAAUUCGAAUCCCAUCUAAUUGAAAUUUCAAUUCAACAACAAAAAUCCCCAAAUUGAUUUAGAUCUGAUACUUGUCGAAUUGAAGGAAUAAUGGCGGAUCAAGAUGAAGAGGAAUUGCAGAUGGCAUUGAAGAUGAGUAUGCAACCAAGCAGCUCUCCACCGGAGCCGAAGAGAAGCAAACCUAGGGACCCUGCAAUUGGGACUACCAUUGAUGGAGCUUCAGCUUCGGAUGAGUCACCGGAGUUGAAGAGUAGGCGCCUUCAGCGUGAGCUCAUGGCGGCUGCUGCCGAGAAAAGAAUGAUGAUUAGCACUCCAUCGCCCCCCACAACCGGGGCGGGGGCCGAGAGUGGGAAUGAGGUGAAGAGGAGAGAGAAUUUAGGGGAGGAGUUAUCGAUGGAGGAGGCGAAUCAGUUGUUUAACAUGGUUUUUGGUGGGAAUGUUACUAAGGAGAUUCUUGCACAGUGGACUAAUCAGGGUAUAAGGUUUAGCCCUGAUCCAGAAACCUCAAUGGGCCUGGUGCAGCAUGAAGGAGGUCCAUGUGGCGUGUUAGCAACCCUACAAGGGUUCGUCCUUAAAUAUCUUCUAUUUGUUCCAGAAGAAUCAAAUAAUAAUGCAUCAAGAACACCACAACUAUCUUGGAAACGUGAAUCUGUUACGCCAGCAAAUUUUUCUUCCCUCCCAGAAGAUACUAGAAAAAGGGCGCUUGUCAGAAGUAUGGCAGAGAUAUUAUUUCGUUGUGGAGAUAAUAAAAGGGCAGUGGUUGCAACUCUUGAUGUCCUGAACCAAGAUGGUGAAGGCCCAAAUGAUGGACCACCAGAUGAGAUCAUUCUACAAGCCCUGGAUGGGUUUUCAAUUGAGUGUGCUUCAGAUGUGCAGAAAAACCUGAGAGUAACUUCAUAUACAUCAUUUGAAAUUGCAAUUCAGAGGCUUGAGAUGAUGCUUCCUGUGUUUGAAAGUCGUAUGGGAGCAAUGCUGUUUCUUAUCUCAGCAUUGCUUUCUCGGGGACUGGAUUCCAUUCAAGCUGAUAGGGAUGACCCAAGCUUACCCCUAGUAACCGCUCCUUUUGGUCAUGCCUCACAGGAAAUUGUAAACCUACUACUGUGUGGACAGGCUGUUGCGAAUGUGUUUGACGAGAGAAUAGACUUAGGGGCUGGCAUGUUUUUGAAGGGUGUAUCCUCUGAUGUAGAAGUUGGAUUCCUCACCCUGCUGGAGUCCCUCAACUUUUGUAAAGUUGGACAACAUCUGAAACGCCCAAAAUGGCCGAUAUGGGUUGUUGGGAGUGAGUCACAUUACACUAAUCUAUUUGCUUUUCAUCCUUCCGUUCAGGAUGAGAAUGAAAUGGAAGAGAGAGAAUCAAGAAUCAGGAGAGCAUUUGAUGCACAAGACCAGAGUGGAGGUGGAGGCUUUAUUAGUGUUGAGGGUUUGCAGCAAGUUCUUAAGGAAACGAGCAUAAACCUUCCCUCUGAUAAGCUUGACCGCCUCUGUAGUGCAGGCUUUAUAGUCUGGAGUGAGUUUUGGCAGGCUCUUCUGGAUUUAGACAAGAACUUGGGAGGAUUCAAGGAUUCUUCGGGGUUAAUGGGCAAAAAGGUGUUUGAAAUAUAUCACUUCAAUGGAAUAGCAAAAUCAGUUUCCAACGGAAACCAAGGUGAAACUCCUUUGCAAAGACCGCGGCUUACAAAACUGAGAGUCUCAGUACCACCUAGGUGGACACCUGAGGAGUAUAUGGCAGAGGCAGCACCCCCAUCAAGUUCUAGUGGCAAUGAAACUAGUGGAAAAGAUGUUGCUAAAGAUGCUCUGCCCGAGCCUCCCCAACAUGCUCCACUUGUAGACUGCAUUAGAACGCGGUGGGCUCGUGCUAAUUGCAAUUGGACGGGUGACGCCCCAAGCAUUGUCUGACUCCUAUAUUAUAUGGUAGAUCCUUUCAUCAGUUCUCUAUGAUAUACUCGGCAGUAUGUGGGCAGUCCAAAAUCUAGCUUUAAUGAGUUAGACAUUUGCGAGUUGGGACUGUUAUUCUCAGAGCACAGCAUUGGUUCAGCAAACAGUACUUUCACUGUUGGUGUUAGUUUGUGAUACGGAUAGGCACCAAAUUUUCGUGCCCUGUUGUAACUGUCAUAUUUAAUUGAAUUCAAUAUGUCUAGUCUUUGGGAAGAACUAGUUCCCUGAUAAAUUUGUUUAUAGAUUGUGCACAUCUGGAUGCAUUUGUUAUCAUAGGGAAGAUUUUUAUUUAAAGCUGAAAGGGGUCUAAUUGUAGUUUCAGACUUUCAGUUGUAGAGAAAAUUCUUGUAUGUGCUCAAUUGCUAAUCACUGCCUUGUUUUUUC